CGACCAUGGCUUGGAACGCGACUGGGGUCUUGAAGUACUGUGACGACGCCAAGACAAUCGCUGAAGCCGAAAGACUAUUUCGUGAGGCGCGUCGUAUCACGGCGCCAGGCUCAGGGCAUGACUUGGGUGAGAAUCGCACGGCACUCGAACCCAUUUGUGCCUACAUUGCGUCGCAGAGGCUUAAUAAUACUCAUGUCACCAUCGACGCGGCGCGUAUUGCUUCGUGCCAAGCCUUGGGCCCUUUCAAGAAGCUGCUCGCGAGAGUGGAAAAGGCGCUGGAGAGCACGGAAACCAAGGCUACCUCAGCGGAAUCCCCGACCUUCGCCAAGAUUCGUAUCGAGCAUUACCAGAAGACUCCUUUGAGGAUGCUCGGGUAUAUGGACAAGAUUAUGGGACUCUUGGUAGAGAGCUUUGCUGAGAAGUACAGUGAGACGGAAAUGGUAUGCGCUACAUUCGCGUGGGUGUGCAACCAGACUGGAGAUAAGGAACAAGCAGUCUCGCUCGAUGCAUUCGAGGCGAAGUACAGAGUCAGGAGGGGGAAGAUGAAGACCGUCACGAAAGACAUCGAUGAAGUCUGCGACAAGCACAUGGCGGAAGCUGUCCGGAGCGCGUAUCAAGCGGUGCUCGAAUCGACACGGGCCAUCUCCCUUUCCCCUCGCAAGUCCCCGCGAAAACACACACAACCACAGACCCCUUCUCGACACGAGCAGAUCUUCGGCACGCCCCGGAAGCGCAAAGCAGCGGAGGCCCCAUCCGACUCUGAACCGGAAGAUACCUCCGCAUCACCAACCAGACAGUCCAAACGUCUCAAAGCGGCCGGCCUCAUCACGCUGGAAUCCAUCAAGCGCAUGCAAUCGACCCCGUCUUCACCCUCCAAGACACGGCAGUCUCCCUCCAAAUCCGCGCUCAGGACGCCCUCUGCCACCGCCGCCGCUCCCGGUACGCCGAGCCGGCCGUCGAAGUCGGUGCAGAUGGUGUCGAUCGCCGAAGCAUCGUCCUCGGACGAUGACGAGGAGGACGAGCUCCCAAGAGCCACCCGGCGCCGUGUGCGGCCUGUGUUCAGGGACCAACUGCAAUGGGGAUUGUGUGAUCCACGACUGCAGAUACCCAAUGCAAAACUAGGGGGAGGGAUCAAGGGACGACCGGCGAGGAGGAGCUUGGUAUUUCCUGAUCUACGGCGGAAGGAUGGCGACAUGGAUGUGGACAGUGACUAGGCAACGUUUUUGGGUACAAUGCAUUAGAGUCUCGAGCUGCCAAACCUGAGACAAUCGGAAACUUCCUUGCUCGGGGCAGAGCUUUCUUUACUGGGGAUGGCCCUACUACAUACCACGUCGUAAACGUAAUUCAUUUGUAGCUACUCUCUACAGUUUUCCUGAACUGGUAUCAGUGAUUUCGACGAUCUGCUCAUACCGGGGUAUGCCGGGAGGUUGAGCUGAUGGUCUUCAACCACACCUCUGGAAUGUCAACGUGUUAUAGCCAUGAGCGAUGGCACAACCAACUGAACUCACGGGGGAACAAAUCGACCGCCGAG